AUGAAGCACCGCUGCGUGGGGAGGUGCGCGCUGGUGUUCGUCUUCGCGGUGGCGCUGGACCUGGUCGGUGUGGUCGUGCUGCUGGUCGGGAUCUUCGGCAACCUGCACCUGGACGGCCGCUUCUACGGGGAUUUCCUCAUCUACACGGGCUCGGUCAUCAUCUUCCUCAGCCUGAUCUGGUGGGUGAUGUGGUACUCGGGCAACGUGCAGCUGCACACGGAGGACCUGGCCGGGCCCCUGGACAUCAGCUUCACGCACUGGGUCAGGAAGCUGUCCGAGCGGUUCUCCAAGGGCGGCCUGAAGCCCCUGGAAGCCGGGGAGAAGAAGCAGACCCCGGGCAACGGGAAGGAGAUGAACGGCAACGUGUCUCGGGCGGCGUGGGAAGGGGGGGGCAGCGGGGAGGCCGUGUCCUGUCACGACAACAGAGGGUUCGACGCGGGGACUGAGUGCGCGUCCCCGGCGGUGAAGAACGUGGAGCUGGGGGUGCUGAGGAGCUCGGACGUGAGGCUGCAGGGAGCUGUGGACAAGGCGGAGAGGCUGCUCUGA